GUGUGGAUAAAUUUGGAGUAUCCUCCAUUGAAUAUGUGAACCCUAAGAAGGUUAUUUGAAUCGGCGAGGGCGAGGGAGAGGGAGAGGGAGAGGGAGAGGGAGAUGGAAAUGGAAAAGAUGAAAAUAUUGAUAAAUGGGGCGACGGGAAACCUGGGUUACCAUUUAGCGGAAGCAAGGCUGAAGUUUAGGCAUCCAACAUUCGGUCUUGUAGACGAGGCGAGCAUUGUUGAGGCUGUGAGUGUGAGCCAAGUAGACGUCGUCAUUUGCGCCGUUUCAGCCAAACACACUCUGCAUCAAAGGCUUCUUAUCCGCGUUAUCAAACAAUCUCCCUCCAUCAAGAGGUUCAUCCCAUCUGAAUUUGGAUCAGAUCCUACCAAGGUUCGAGUUUCUGAGCUUGAUAUAAAUGGCUAUAAUUUCUAUGCACCCAAAGUUGAAAUCCGUCGACUUGGUGAGGGCAUUCCAUACACUUUCAUCUCAUGCAAUUUCUUUAUGAGGAUUUUGCUUCCUUCUCUUGCUCAGCCUGGUUUAGAUGCUCCUCCAAGGGACAAGAUCACCAUAUUUGGUGAUGGCAACACAAAAGCUGUCUUCAUGAAGGAAAGUGAUGUUGCUGCCUUCACUAUCAGUGCAGUUGAUGACCCUCGUACGUUAAAUAAAGUGUUGUAUUUGAGGCCCCCAGGAAACCUUUGUUCUUUGAAUGACCUGGUUAAUAUGUGGGAGAUUAAGAUCGGCAAGAUGCUUGAGAAAUUGCAUGUCUCUGAAGAAGAGUUGCUCCAGAAAAUCAAAGGAACAUCUUUCCCUGCCAACUUCGAGAUGCUCUUUAUAUAUUAUGCUUUCAUAAAGGGAGAUCACACAUACUUUGAUAUUGAACCAUCCUCUGGUGUGAAUGGUACACAACUAUAUCCUCAUCUGAAAUAUACCACAAUCAGUGAAUUCUUAGACACACUAGUUUAGUUUAGACUUCGUUUGGGAAUAUUGGGAAAAUGUGCAGUGCACAUAUUUUUACGUUGAAAAUUUCCAUUCUUUCCAUGUUGUGUUUUUUUGUAUAUUUUUCUAAACACAACUAAAGAAUGUAUGUGUUGACUGUGUUGAACAAAUUAAUAAUGCAAUGCCCGCACUGU